CUCCCCCCGCCCUCCAUCUGGCUCACUGCGGGCGAAAAACUGGGGAGAUUUUCCAGCGGGAGAGCCAGUGGCUGUGCUAGCUGCUUGCUCCAGAAAUCGGAAACAUCGGGGAAGGCAAUCUUACUUGCCCAGCGGGAAGUCCCUUCCCCGCCCUCCGUUAAUUAAUUAGAAAAUUUCCAGGGACGUGCCCGUCGCGAGUAACCGCAUCAUGUAGGUGAGAGAUUUCACAGGAGGCGACAAAGACGAGACUUCGGGUGGAAAUAGCCAGGGAAUUUGGAGUCCCUAAAGCUCCACUGGCCUUUCUGAGCUUCAGACUGAAAACGUGCAGCAAGGCCGCUUAAGCCCUUUGCACUCAUCCUCCACCAGUGCGGAGGAAGGAAUGAGAUUGUCGCCGGUGUCAGAAUGAGUGACAAGUGACGGAUUAUAAUGGUCUUGAAGAAGAGUAGUGAUGUCAUGGUAUUAGAGGAAGAGAACAGAUGCAUCACUGGUUACAUCAUUUUUCUUGAAGACAUUCCAUUAUUGUUCUGUUGGUCUUUCCCUCAUUCCCGAGUCCUUUGGAGUUGAGGUAUGUCCACAGCAGCCCUAAUUACUUUGGUGAGAAGCGGUGGGAGCCACGUGAGAAGGAGAGUGCUGCUAAGCUCCCGCCUACUGCAGGACGACAAGCGGCUGACACCCACCUGCCACAGCUCCACGUCGGAGCCCAGGUGUUCUCGGUUUGAUCCGGAUGGUAGUGGGCGUCCGGCCACCUGGGAUAAUUUUGGGAUCUGGGAUAACCGCAUCGAUGAGCCCAUUCUGCUGCCGCCCAGCAUUAAGUAUGGCAAGCCAAUUCCCAAAAUCAGCCUGGAGAACGUGGGCUGCGCCUCGCAUAUUGGGAAACGGAAAGAGAAUGAAGACCGGUUUGACAGCGCUCAGCUGACAGAUGAGGUCCUGUACUUCGCGGUGUAUGACGGCCACGGCGGACCUGCAGCCGCGGAUUUCUGUCACACCCACAUGGAGAAAUGCAUCAUGGACUUGCUUCCUAAGGAGAAGAACUUGGAAACUGUGUUGACCUUGGCUUUUCUAGAAAUAGAUAAAGCGUUUUCAAGGCACGCCCACCUGUCUGCGGAUGCAUCCCUUCUGACCUCUGGGACUACUGCAACGAUAGCCCUGGUGAGAGAUGGUAUUGAACUGGUUGUAGCCAGUGUUGGGGAUAGCCGGGCUAUUUUGUGUAGAAAAGGAAAACCUAUGAAGCUGACCAUUGACCAUACUCCAGAAAGAAAAGAUGAAAAAGAAAGGAUCAAGAAAUGUGGUGGUUUUGUGGCUUGGAAUAGUUUGGGACAGCCUCACGUGAAUGGCAGACUUGCAAUGACAAGGAGUCUUGGAGACUUGGAUCUUAAAACCAGUGGUGUGAUAGCAGAACCAGAAACAAAGAGGAUUAAGCUACAGCAUGCUGAUGACAGCUUCCUGGUCCUCACUACAGAUGGAAUUAAUUUCAUGGUGAAUAGUCAAGAGAUCUGUGACUUUGUCAACCAGUGCCAUGAUCCCAACGAAGCAGCCCAUGCAGUGAUUGAACAGGCAAUACAAUAUGGUAGUGAAGAUAAUAGUACUGUGGUCGUAGUGCCUUUUGGUGCGUGGGGAAAGUACAAGAACUCUGAAAUCAACUUCUCAUUCAGCAGAAGCUUUGCCUCCAGCGGACGAUGGGCCUGAUUGCUUGCUGGGACAUUGAAUUGUUGUGAAACACUUAUUCACUGAGCAUGUCAAGAAACUUACUAGGUCAAACAAGUGUCGGGGUGACUCUGUGACUCACUAGAUCAGUACACAAGUCAGUGUAAGUGUAUUAACCAUUUACAUUGUAGCUUUUCAUAAAUAUCUGUCAUAUUUAUGUUCAGCUGUACUUACUCGGUUUCAGUAUACAUGUAAUUCAGCUAUUGGGAGUCUCAAGUUGAAUGAGCAAAUGAAAAGUGGCUUUGACACACUUGCUGAGUGUUAUAUGUCUAAUUUUUAAAACUCUUGGGCAGCUAUGAGUUUCUUUUGAUGGUUCUUAUUCUUCAUUCAAUCUGUUGGAACAGAGUCUUGCCUUCAAGUUCUUCAGCACUGAUAGGUAUUUUGACAGCUCUGCAGUGUGUUAGCUGCAAGUGUUUGUUUUUAAUAGUUCUACCAAGGAGUAAGUGUGAAAACUGAGUUCUCUGUGACUAUAUUUUGUAUUCUGGACCACUUACUGGUAAACUUCCCAAUGCAAAAGACAUUAAUUCAGAUAAUAUGAAAGUGUGUUUCUAUGUUAAAGUGUGUGGCUAUUUACAACAGUGCACUUUCAUAUUCCAGCUGUGUCCCUUGGUCUCCAUUCUUCUCUUUCUGUAGCUAAGAAUGCUAUAUAGCAUUCUUACUACUCCUUUAUAUCAGAAAAGUUAUGUACAGACUGAGUCUUUUGGUCAAACCUACACAAACUUAAAUACUGACUGUAGCAAGUAUUUUGUAUAAAGUUUCCAUUUGUUAGCUCUAACUCUGUGUUUUGUAUAUAGUAUGUUUAUGUACUGUUGUAUAGAGUAAGCAAGUUGGAUAACGUGUCAGUAAAAAUAAUACCAUAUUGGCUGACAAUGCUACAUAGUAAGAGGUUUAUGUCUCCUUUUCGCUUAUUUCUGUGAUUCAUAGUGUAGAAUAAAUCUAAAACAUGAAAGCAUUCUAUAUUUCAGCUUGCUAAUGUAAUUUAAGAAUGUAAAACUAUACUUCUUUAUAUCUGCAUGUAAGUUUGCUGUUAAAAUGUGAAUCUCUACAUGCGUGUUUGGAAUUUUAUCUGCAGUUUACUUUUGCAGACAAUGUAAAUUGGUUAUAUGUGUGGGUGUAUGUACCUAUGUAAAUUUUGGAGUCAUAGAGAAUUAAAGGGAACAAGCCUGCAUAACUCCUUCACCAGUUAGCUUUAAGUUAUUGAUAAGUUUAUCCCCAAGGACUCUUGACAAACAGAAGGCAGUUUUAUAGUGGAGAACCAAUGGUUAUUGGCAGGUGAGGAAGUGAAAUUAAA